GAAGAGGCGAAGCUCGGAGGCACCUUGCAUGGCUGUCGAAUAAAAAAAGAACAGCGAAAAGUUUUCAGCUGACCAAACUCUCAGGAUGAAUGGGACGACAUACGCUAACUUUGACAACCAAGAGCACGUCUUGAAAUUGGGGGAGACGUUCGAGAAGCACCCCAAAAGUGCCUUUCACACGGUGCGAUAUGAUUUCAAACCUGCUUCCAUCGAUACGACCUGUGAAGGGGAACUUGAAGUGGGCAAAGGAGAGCAAGUUACCAUCACAUUACCCAACUUGGAGGGCUCGAGCACUCCGGUGACUGUUUUCAAGGGCUCUAAGAGGUCGUACAUGAAAGAGUGCAUCCUCAUCGUGAACCACGACACUGGCGAGUACAGACUGGAGAAGCUCAGCAGCAACAUUGCAGUCAAGAAGACCAGGGCUGAGGGGAGCAGUAAGAUCCAUUCUCGUCUGGAGCAGCAGACCAGUCGACUGGGACAGCAGAUGAAGAGCAGCACUGGCAGCGGAAGCUCCAACAAGAGCUCAGCAGGCUCCAAAAGUUCUCCCCCUAAAGAGAAGACGUCCCCUGCGUCACCCAUGGACGACAUUGAGAAAGAGCUGAUGGCAGAGGCUCGCGUCAUGGACCAGAUGAGCAGCGACAGCUCGUCUAACAGCUCCUCGUCAUCCAGCAGCGAUGACAGCUCCAGCAGCAGCAGCGACUCAGAGGACGAGCGCGGUGCGGCGCCCACCCUGGCCCAGACCAACCACAGCAUGCCAGUCGUCGGUGCCGGCAGCGGCUCACAGGAGGGAGGGGGAGGAGGUGGAGGCGGUGGCGGUGGCAGUGCUGGAGGAGGACUCAUGAACACGCUGAAGAAUGAUCUCCAGCUGAGUGAAUCGGGCAGCGAAAGUGACUGACCAAUCACCAAGGAGGACAUCUGCUCCCAUCACUAGCUUACAUGCAUCAUGUGCCUCGUCAGUCUCCACAAACUAUUCUUCCUUUUCUCUCAGUUCUAUUUCAUCUUUUCUGGGGGAAUUUUUAUUCAGUGCACCACCGUAUGCAAGGUCAUGUUCGGCAAUCAUGGGAAACUCCAGCGUCCUCUCCCCGCCGCAGUUACGCUGACCAAACAUAUCCAAUGCAGUCUGCCUGCUGAUCAUGUCUUCAAAGUCUCACUGAUGCUUUCCACGUUUCACGUUUACGCUCCACAUUAUGCGUGUCGCGCAUCUCCCGUCUCAAGAAAACUGGUUGAAUUUGUUUGUCAAGCCUUCAAUUGGCAUGUCAGCUGACAUGCUUUUUGUUUCAGACUUGCAGCAGUCCAUUCAUUCAUCUCGUCUAUGUUCGCAUGUUGACCAAAACUCUUUUUCACUCUCUUGUGACAAACUGUGUUAGCGGUGUAGCUAGUAGCCACCAUUGCUGGCUUGUUGCUGCUGAAUUUAAUCGCCAAGCUAGCCAGUUGCCAUUGGAUCUGGGUGUCAAUGUAAGUGGUCGGAAAUGAGACUAGUUGCUAGCAUUGCUAGUGUAUGAAGUUGCCAAUGUAGCUGAUUUCUUUUCUUUUGACCAGGUCAGGAAUGACUUGUAGCUUUAAACCUGCAUUACUUGAAUCCAAAAAUCAUGUAUUUAUUUCUCAGAAGCAUAUGUUUCACCAGUGGUGAUACAAGGGUGUCCAAACCCUUUCCAGGGUGGUGCUGCAUACAGUAAAAUUGAUUUAACAUUUUGUACAUUAAAACAAGUAAAAGCAGUGUCAGUAAAUAUAUGCAAAGCUAUGUGAACAACCACAUCUUAGCUUUUCGUCAUAGCAAAUGAGUGUAAUACCAAAUAUGUCAUUAGUAAUCUAUUCAUAUUGUUUUUACAAUAUACCCCAUUUAGAAUUUUGUCCCACGGGCUGCACUUAGGACACCCCCAGCCUAACAGAUUCAAUGUAUUGUAAAAGGGUCUGAGAGGUCGUGCUAGGUCGCCUUGCGUUUUUUCUUUCUCUGCCAAUCAGAAGCACUGCCGAGCUCCGCCUCUUUGGUGAUUUGGUCUUUGGAGAAGCAACCGCUUGCCUUAUUUGUAAAAGGAUCCGUGUCAUUUCUGUCAAGGAAAAUAAAGGUUUUAAUUGGU